AUGCCGGAGUUUUGUCCGUGUCAAGAGGGUAACUCCAACCAUGGUCCUGGUGGUUCUAGGGAUGGUGGCGAUCCCAGAAGGAAGGCAACUAAUGGUGGUGUAUUCAUCAACAAUGGUGGUGGCCUUGGUUUUGCUGCAGGCAAUGGCCCGAGACAUGGUGGCAACAUUAUGAAGGAAACUCAGUUUUCUCCUAUCUUUGGGGCUGUGGAGGAUAAAGAGGAGGAUCAGUUCUCUCUGCUAAAUGAGCAGUUCGGUCAAUAUAGUGUUCAACCGCCGAACAAAGAGAUUCAGAUGGGGGUGAAUGUAAUUUCUGAAGAUAAAAGUAAAAUCGGGGUGACGGAUGUGGAUCAGUUGAGGACCCUAAUGUCUGUGGUCAAGAGACGUUUGUUAAAUAAUGGAGUUUUUCCUGGUUGUGAUAAUUACUGUGCUGCUUGUACUGUAACUGAAAAUGGGUGUAUCAUGUUGAGGGAGACGGUUCAGAAAAUGAUGAAUGCGGGAAGUCUCCGAUUCGAGAAAGUUGCUGUAGAGAAUGAGGAUAUUUCAACGAUAACCAUCUAUUUCGAUCCUAUCCACUUGUCAGUGACUGCAGAUGUGGUUCCAAUUACCAUCACGGUACCUGGACCUAUUCCGUAUGAAGGUGAUGGUGCUGUGCCAUGGGACUAUGGUGGUGAUGUGUAUUGCAAUGGGAAGAAGAAGGAAGAUCAGGCUGCAGUGGAUACCACCGUUUCAAAGGUGGACAAUACCGGACUUAGUGGUUUCACUCGCAGCGGGAGGUUGUUUGCACCUAACACGUUGAGAGGUGGUGAUGUAGAAAAGGAACAAAGAGAUAAGGCCGAGGCUUUAGCCAGGGCAAAAGGAAAGCAGGUAGUGAAUGAGGAUACUCCUAGAGCGGCACAGGCGCCUGUUGAGCCGGAAAAUGAGUUUGACGCUGAAGCCGAGGAGUUUUUGAGAAUUAUUAAGUCUGAAUACAAACUUGUUGAUCAUUUGCAGCAGACUCCGUCCAAAAUUUCGAUCUUAUCUUUGUUGUUGAGUUCAGAAGGUCAUAGAGAGGCUUUGUUGAAAAUAUUGAAGAGGGCCUAUGUCCCGCAGGAGAUUACAGUCAAUCAACUAGAGACAGUGGUAUCGAAUGUUAAUGCCAACCAUGGGUUGGGUUUCACUGAUCUCGAUCUUACUGUGGACGGGCGCAAUCACAAUAAGGCACUACACAUUUUGAUGGAGUGUAAGGGAGCUGGCUUGACUUUGAGGCCUACUGAUCUGGUGGUUAGAGAGUUUGAUGGCUCUAAAAGGGCUGUGUUCGGGGAAGUUGAGCUCCCCGUAAAGAUUGGUCCUGAGGUGUUCAAAUCUGUGUUUUAUGUCAUGGGCAUUCAGCCGGCGUACAGCUGUUUGUUGGGUCGUCCAUGGAUACAUGCUGCUGGGGCAGUAACCUCGACUCUACAUCAGAAGUUAAAGUAUGUCUUGGAUGGGCAAGUCGUGACAGUCUGCGGUGAGGAGGAUAUUUUUGUCAGCCAGUUGUCAUCAUUCAAAUAUGUGGAAAUGGACGGUAAAAUAUUUGAAACACCAAGCCAAACGUUUGAAACCGUCAAGGUGGAGAAUAUUGUUUUCGCUGAAAGAGAGAAGAAGCCGUCCAUUGCUUCUUAUAAACAAGCUGUGGAGGUGGUGAAAAAUGGAGAGGCCCCAGGUUGGGGAAGAGUGAUAGACAUUACGGUGAAGGAGGAUAAGUUUGGGAUUGGUUAUCAGUCAGGCCAAGGCUCAUCUGGACAAAAUAAAGGUCGUCGCCAAUCGUUCAUGUUCACCAGUGCUGGAAUGCUAGAUCCAGGUCGUAUCUAUGUCGUGGGUGAAGAGACUGACAGUUGUGGUGCGAAGCGUUUCUUUUUGAUAAAAGAUUACUUUGAGGUCCAAACAGGGACGAGGAAUUGA